AUGUUCUCAGAACCGUGUCCACACCGACCCUUCUGCAGAACAGCAAUCUGCUUUGUCGUGUGUGGGUCGAGGAAGCUUGGAAGAAGAUUUGUGACUGCAAAUCGAAGGACGAGCACCCUUCUGUUUCGCUGCAGAGCUUUCAUCCUUACUUCCUCUCUCACUUGUCAAUCUAGUAGCUUUGUAUCCUAUUUUCGUGUUUGGUUCAAACAAUGCAGCUAG